GCCUCCCUCGGGAUGCCUCCCGCAGAUCUGCGCGCUGUCUUGUUCUUUCACCAUAUCUCGAACAGGGCAAAAAUACGUUCUCUGCAUCAAUUGACGGUGGAGCAUAGCCUGAGAGGAUACCUGAAGCUUGGCAAACCCGCUGUGCUCGUUUGUCAAGGAGAGGAAAGCGACGUAGAUGAAUAUCUCAAAAAGGUCAAGAGUAUGCGAUGGCAACAGGCCCGAGUAGAAGUCAAGGAUCAUGUCGCUUCAGAUGCAGCAGCCCAUAUUCCGGCGAAUCUGAGGGGUUUGGAAGAAGUAGCAACCCUGAGCGAGCUUACCCAAAGACUGCGAUUGUUAGGCUCCGACUGGGAAAGAUGGUUUAAGAGAGGAAUGGGUUUUGGUCCAAGAUGAUUAGCGACAAACCCACUCUGGCUUCCGUGGACGGCACCGUUUACAUCGGUACCACGCUGCCUCGAACAGGUCAAUCGCCUACAUAGCAAUCUUACUUCUUUAGAGAGUGAUGCUCAUCUGGUUCACGUACGACCUAUAUCUGCACAUGUAUACAGCGAGCCAGGAGGGCUGUUGAUUGAAUUAACCUCGGAUCAGUUGAAUGGCAG